ACAGUAAUGACCGCACGUUUCCGAUUGCCUGCUGGCAGAACCUACAAUGUACGAGCAUCUGAGCUGGCACGAGACAGGCAGCAUACGGAGGUGGUCUGCAACAUUCUUCUCCUGGAUAACACUGUACAAGCUUUCAGAGUUAAUAAACAUGAUCAGGGACAAGUUCUACUGGAUGUAGUCUUCAAGCAUCUCGAUUUGACAGAGAGAGAUUACUUUGGUUUACAGUUGGCUGAUGAAUCUACUGAUAACCCUAGGUGGUUGGAUCCAAACAAACCUAUCAGGAAACAAUUAAAAAGAGGAUCGCCUCACAGUUUGAACUUCAGAGUGAAGUUUUUUGUAAGUGAUCCAAACAAACUCCAAGAAGAAUAUACAAGGUACCAGUAUUUUUUGCAAAUUAAACAGGACAUUCUUACUGGAAGAUUGCCCUGUCCUUAUAAUACUGCUGCUCUUCUGGCUUCCUAUGCUGUUCAAUCUGAGCUGGGAGACUACAACCAUUCAGAAAACUUGCCAGGCUACCUCUCAGACUAUUCUUUCAUCCCUAGCCAGCCUCAAGACUUUGAAAAAGAAAUAGCAAAAUUACAUCAGCAGCACAUAGGGUUGUCUCCUGCAGAAGCAGAGUUCAAUUAUCUCAAUACAGCACGUACUUUAGAACUUUAUGGAGUUGAAUUGCACUAUGCAAGGGAUCAGAGUAACAACGAAAUAAUGAUUGGAGUGAUGUCAGGUGGAAUACUAAUUUUUAAGAACAGAGUACGAAUUAACACCUUUCAGUGGUUGAAGAUUGUAAAAAUUUCUUUUAAGUGCAAACAGUUUUUUAUUCAACUUAGGAAAGAAUUGCAUGAAUCUAGAGAAACGUUACUGGGAUUCAAUAUGGUGAAUUACCGAGCAUGUAAGAAUUUGUGGAAAGCUUGUGUUGAACAUCACACGUUCUUCCGUUUGGACAGACCACUCCCCCCUCAGAAGAACUUUUUUGCACAUUAUUUCACUUUGGGUUCCAAGUUCCGGUACUGUGGGAGAACAGAGGUCCAGUCUGUGCAGUAUGGUAAAGAAAGAGCAAACAAAGACAGGGUAUUUGCAAGAUCCCCCAGUAAACCCUUGGCACGGAAAUUAAUGAGUGGGAUGGACUGGGAAGUAGUGAGUAGGAACUCACUGUCUGAUGAUAGGUUGGAAACACAGAGCCUACCAUCACGGUCUCCACCUGGAACCCCAAAUCAUCGCAACUCUGCCUUCACUCAAGAAGGAGCCCGGUUACGACCCUCAUCAGUUGGACAUUUAGUGGACCACGUAGUUCACACUUCCCCAAGUGAAGUAUUUGUAAAUCACAGAUCUCCAUCUUCCACCCAGGCUAAUAGCAUCAUACUGGAAUCAUCACC